AUGAUUACAACUACAGCAAGGAUUAAGGUACAUGAGCUCAGAAUUAAGACGAAGGCAGAUUUGUUGAGCCAGUUGAAGGAUCUCAAGGCUGAACUCGCUCUUCUCCGAGUCGCCAAGGUCACCGGUGGUGCUCCUAACAAGCUCUCCAAGAUAAAAGUGGUGAGGCUGUCAAUUGCUCAGGUGUUGACUGUGAUUUCACAGAAACAGAAGGCUGCUCUUAGGGAAGCCUACAAGAAUAAGAAAUUCUUGCCUCUUGACUUGCGUCCCAAGAAGACCAGAGCGAUUCGCAGGCGUCUUACCAAGCACCAGGCAUCAUUGAAGACAGAACGCGAGAAGAAGAGGGAGAUGUACUUUCCCAUGAGGAAAUACGCCGUCAAGGUGUAG